AUUGAUGAACCCAUUUCGAAACCCUUUGGAGAGAGUUGAAGAUUUCUCUUAAACUCGAAAGUUCGAAAUCCUUUGGAGUUUUGCUAGCAAUGUCUGACGAUGCCUUGUUUAUCCCCAAAAGAGAACCUAUUAAGUCAUCAGUUGGGAAUGUUGCUGCAAAUCGCAGGCGGCAACACGCGGUUACAGUUGGGAAAGAAAGAAGAGAAUCACUGGUUCGCGCUAAGCGUCUAUGCAGAGUUGGUACAAGUGGUGAGGAUGAUACUCCCCAUGAUGAGGGGAUGAUAGUUGAUGAAGAGCAAUCGAAUUUGGACACUCAAACUUUUUCUGCAGUAGAAGAAUUAAAGUCUGCAGUUUCAUAUCAGGGGAAAGGUGCAUUGCAGAAGAGAGUGACUGCUCUUCGUGAUCUAAGGCGAUUAUUGUCGAAAUCUGUAUUCCCUCCUAUUGAAACUGCUCUUAGAGCUGGAGCAAUAUCCAUUCUUGUACAAUGUCUUUCGUUCGGAUCUCCAGAUGAACAGUUGCACGAAGCAGCUUGGUGCCUCACAAACAUAGCAGCAGGAAAGCCUGAAGAAACUAAAGCCUUGUUGCCUGCCCUACCCUUGCUUAUUGCUCAUCUUGGAGAAAAGAGCUCCUUGCCUGUUGCUGAGCAGUGCGCCUGGGCAUUGGGAAAUGUUGCUGGUGAAGGUGAGGAGCUGAGAAAAGUUUUGCUAUCUCAAGGAGCCUUACAACCUCUCGCAAGAAUGAUGCUUCCAAACAAAGGUUCAACCGUGAGAACAGCUGCUUGGGCAUUGUCAAAUCUAAUCAAGGGACCAGAUCCUAGAGCAGCAACAGAUCUCAUUAGAGUUGAGGGGGUAUUGGAUGCAAUUAUUCGGCACUUGAAAAAAGCGGAUGAUGAAUUGGCAACUGAGGUAGCAUGGGUUGUUGUGUAUCUCUCAGCCCUUUCAAAUGUUGCUACCGGUAUGUUAGUGAGGAGCGAUGUUCUUCAACUGCUAGUGGAAAGAUUGGCAACAGCAAGUAGUCUGCAAUUGCUUAUUCCGGUUCUACGAGGUUUAGGCAAUCUUGUUGCUGGUGAGCUACACACAACUUUUGCAGUUCUUAUUCCAGGACGAGAAAUCACAGAUAAAGUGGUAGAAGUUCUAGUAAAGUGUUUGAAGAGUGAACACCGAGUGUUGAAGAAGGAAGCGGCUUGGGUGCUAUCUAAUAUAGCGGCUGGUUCUAUAGAACACAAGCAACUAAUUUAUUCCAGUGAGGCAGUGACAUUACUAGCACGGCUUCUAACUACUGCACCAUUGGAUAUAAGAAAAGAAGUGGCAUAUGUACUGGGGAACCUGUGUGUUGCCCCAACAGGUGGUGAUGGAAAGCCAAAGCUGAUUGUGGAGCAUUUGGUCUCACUCGCUGGCGGAGGGUGCCUAUCUGGUUUUACAGAGUUGGUAAGGUCUGCUGAUACUGAGGCUGCUAAACUCGGACUGCAAUUCAUGGAACUGGUGUUGAGGGGAAUGCCAAAUGGAGAGGGUCCAAAGCUGGUUGAGCAAGAGGAUGGAAUUGAGGCCAUGGAAAGGUUUCAAUUCCAUGAAAAUGAAGACCUUAGAAACAUGGCAAAUGGCCUAGUUGAUCAGUAUUUUGGUGAGGACUAUGGUCUUGAUGAAUAAUAGAUUAGGCUUGGCUUAUAAUGUAAGCUUAUAUUAAUAUAAAAGUAGCUUUGAGUUUCACUCUGAGAAAUGUAAAUUAUGAUGUGCAUUUAACUGACUUUUGGGAUUAUUUAGUUGUUUUUACUAUAUUUAAAUGGUCUUUUGUUUUGUGCAA